CUGCUGACAGGUUAGCCCAGCUACACAGUUCCACAGUUUUGUUAGGUUUGCUGUGAGCAAGAAAUCAGGAAGACUUUGCUGAUGCUCGCAUACAACAUUAAAGAUGAGACACUGGCCUUUUUAAACACAAGUGGAAUUUAUCAGCAAGUUGCAAGGGCCGGAUCAUCUUGUAUCUAAAGCAGGAUGCAGGACAACACUGAACAGCAGCCGUCCCUGUCACAGAUGCUGAGGGAGAGUUACCUGGCCGAGGCCCGAGCCCAACAACGCCACAGCGAAAUGAGCCGCUCCGAUGCCUCCUCCUCUCGCCUCCAGAUCUACAGUUCUCUCAAAGGAAAAGCAGAGGACUCAAUGGGCCAUACAGACCAGCACUUUCCUGACCUGUCUGCCUUCCUCAGUCAAGAGGAGCUGGACAAGAGUGUCAAUCUGGCCCGACAAGCCAUUGGACAUGAGCCGCGAGACGAGAGGGCAGAGGUCAAAGGUCACUCUGAAAUAUGCUCGGCCCCAGUUACGUAUCCUCCAACCUCCUCUGACUCUUUCACUAACUCUCCUUCAAUAAAUGUCCCAUUCAAUCCAACCCAAACCAAUGCGAUCACGCAGCCCGCGUCUGAAUUCAGAGAAACACCACAUACAACAUAUGCACCGGACAGAAAGACGCACAAGCCAUCCUCACGGCAGGACAAUGUCAGAAACAGUAGGGAUUCAGGAGAUGCCUACAAUGACUUUAACAGGUCAUCACGUAGUGUCCCAUAUGGACUCGAGACCCAGUCAAAGAAAGAGUUUCUCAACAAAGCAGCAGACUUCAUAGAGGAGCUCUCCUCUCUGUUCAAGGCAAACAGCUCAAAGAGGGUUCGGCCGAGAUCGUGUAAAACUCACAGGGGUAGGAGUCAAAACAAGAGCCAGGCCGAUGGGAUGGUUCUUCCUAUAGCCUGUGACAACAGGGAGCGUAGUGUGUUAGCUCCAGACAUCGACAAAGACAGACCUGGACCUGUGGACGAUCAAGAACCUGAAGUCCAGGCUGAUUCCAGGACUGAGGAGUUUCAGGAGGGUGUUUCUGAGGAGCAACAGUUUGCCACUGUGACUUCUGAGGGGACAGAGGCAGAGAGCACAGCUCUGACAGAAAGCUCAUUCCCUGUGGACACAGUGUGUGAACCUCCAAAAUUCAUCCAAAAACUGAAAAGUCGAGAGGUCUCUGAAGGUAGCAAAGUCCAACUGGACUGCAUUGUUCAAGGACAGCCGGUUCCUGAAGUACGGUGGUUUUGUGAAGGAAAGGAGCUGGAAAACUGUCCCGACAUUCAGAUCAUUACAAACGGAGAGCAUCACUCUCUGAUCAUCGCGGAGGCGUUUGAAGAAGACACAGGGCGGUACUCCUGCUUUGCCUCAAACUUCUAUGGGACAGACUCAACAUCAGCAGAAAUAUAUGUUGAAGGUGCAUCCUCCUCAGAUUCAGAAGAUCAGCGCCUUGAACGAGCAGCACAGCAACAAUGGAAACAAAAAUCACCAUCGACUCAAUCCGAUCAAAGUCUUUCUGCCAAACAUGAACCUGUUGAGCCUAAUGCAGAUUCUCCUGAAGAAGUACAACUAACAGAGGAGCUGACUUUGGCCCCUUCAAACCCCCUCACUACAGAUCCAUCUGUGUCUGCCCCAGAGCCUCUGUCCUCUGCCCCAGAGCCUCUGUCCUCUGCCCCAGAGCCUCUGUCCUCUGCCCCAGAGCCUCUGUCCUCUGCCCCAGUGCCUCUGUCCUCUGCCCCAGUGCUUCUGUCCUCUGCCCCAGUGCCUCUGUCCUCUCCUCCAGAGGAGAUCAAUGUGUCUCCCAUAACCCUGCCGACUAUAGCACCCGUCCAACAACUCUUUAAACCAGUAGAGGCAGAACGCCAAGAAGUGUUAGCACCUGUCCAGCUCCACCUGACUCCUACAUCACAGGUUCAGCCUUCAAAUUCAGUGGUCUCAUCUGUGCUCACUGUCCCAGCUCCACCACCCACACAAGCUACACAAGCUGAGAUUCAAAUCUUCAACCAUAGCGUAAAGCAGGAUUUGAAUGGACAACAAAUUAUGGCAGCUCCAGUAUUCACAAAGAGACUACAGGACCUGGAUGCCUCAGAGGGCCAGCUGGUGGUGCUAGAGUGCCGUGUUAAAGGCACCCCCUCCCCCAGAGUAGAGUGGUACCAGGACAGCAAACUCAUCCAGGACUCUCCGGAAUUCAGAAUUCUGCAGAAAAAGCCUAGAUCUCCAACUGAAUCAGAGGACAUAUGUACUUUGGUGAUUGCUGAAGUGUUUCCCGAGGAUUCAGGGACAUUCAAAUGCACCGCAAGCAACAACUAUGGGUCUGUGUCUAGCACAGCUGAACUCAAGAUCAAAGGAAAUGCCAACCACACAAAUCACAUGAGGUCCUCCAGUAUUUUGAGUGUGGAGCCCAGUCAGACACAACCUGCGCCAGUGGAUCUCACCCUUUCAAAGCCACAGUCGGAGCUUACGGUGACUGGCAGCAUCAAGGCUCAUUCGAGCACCAUUCGCCUGGACCCACUCAUCUCCACCUCUGUGCGCUUGGACCCUUUAAACACCAGCACUCUUAGACUUGAUCCACAAACCUCUAGCAUGCUACGGCCAGACCCUCUUCGCAACAGCCUGCCAACGCUAGAACCAUCUAAUGUGAAUAACAGUAACUACUUCAACUCAAAAAGUAGCAGCACACCAAAUUUGGAUCCAUUAAAUGUUAACCGAAAUGUGCCAGUUUCAAGUAUUCCUCAGUCAGAAACACACAACAUUUCACAAGGAUUGUUUCUCAAACCAAUUUUAUCUCAACCAAUUGUAAAGGAAAAGGAAAAUUUGCCCACAUAUCUGGACUUGACUACAGCAACAAACAACAAGGUGUCUUCUAACCAUCAGAAUGAAACACCAGUGAUUGUGUCUCUUCCCGACCCUCCUCCAAACUCCUGUCUAAAAACAGGAACACUAAAGAAGUCCAGACACCAGCGAAGCAGGUCCAGGCGAGUGCACUUUAAGCUGCCAGAGGACGAGGAGCACAGUGAACCGGCCAGUCAGUCCGAAUCAGAAGACAAUGCACAUCUGAACAAAGAGCCACCUCCAGUGCUCGCCAAACCAAAACUGGACCCGGCACAGCUCCAGCUCCUGCACAACCAGGUUCUUCUCGAGCAGCAGCAAGACAGCGACCCCCCAGCCCAAACAGAGACCUCCGCACAGCCCCACCAACCUGUACAAGUCCAAAUACAGUCGGACGUCCAAGCCCAAGAGAAUCCAAUAUGGUCGCCCAGACUGCAGCGUGAACCCCAUCCACCUCCUUUCCACCCCUACGUCAGCACUGUGAUACCCCCACCUCAAACGCAGCCCCCCGCACCUCCUUUUAUAACUACCACUAUCACCUCCACAGCCUAUGUCAACACUGCACCAGCUCCACGCCAGCCCCCUGUGUCUGCACCUCUGCUCACGUCUACAAUGACUGCCCCAACCGUCAACACCACUUUCUCAGCUCCUGUUAUCACUUCACCUCUUCUUCCGUCAUUCUCAUCUGCGCCUCCCAUCCCUCAGUUCAAAUCCCCUGCUCAAGUAAUGACGUCUCCUCCACCUGCUCCACAGCUAAGCACCCUACCUCCAUCUCUUAGUGCAGCACCCGUUACUCAAAUGAACACCAUCCAUGCUUCUCACCUCAACCUAUCUCCAGCUGCUUUAGGUAGAACUGCGCCUGUACCUCAGUUUUUCACCCCUCCCGCUCCUAAACUUAGCACUGUCCAAACUGAUUCUACAAUAAGUUUGCAGCAAGUCACAUCUCCCGCUACUUUUUUGAGAAGCACUCAUGCCUCUCUAAUGAAUCUCAGUGCUACUUCACAGACUUUUAACUACGCCAGGCCUAAAGAGUUUAUUACAGCGCAAAGUUUUUCACCAGUUAGAAGUCCAUCCCCAACCGAGUCCCCUGUCCCAUUGCUUCAGGAGUUGGCUGCUGAGUUCAGUUCUUCAGCCACUAGCUCUCCAACUAUCCCUCCUUUCUCUCCUCCUCCAAGAAUUUUCCCAACAAGAGUGCUGCAGUCUCCCACCAGUCCACCCUCACUGGUGUCUUCUCCUACCCUGGGCUCAAUGCUCCUGAACACUGUUUUCGGACUGAGGGCACAGUCGCCACCACAAGCAGCCUCUCCAACAUCAAGCAGCUCCACUCCUAGUCCCAUUCAAAACCCAGUGGCCUUCCUUAGCUCUGUCCUGCCUUCACUGAGCCCGCUAAAAGCCACUAAUGAAAUGGGCCUUCCAAAACGCGCUCCAAUUGGGCCAAUCAAAAAGACAGCUAAAGCCCGUGUUCCGUCACUUGAAGAAAUUCGUGAAAGCAAAGAGUGCCUACUCAUGGAUAUUGAGAAAAAGCUUAGACUUAAAGAUGAUACUCCACAAUACCAGCAUCAACAGAAGCCGAGUUUUGAGGGGAAAACAGCGAGCAGACCCCUUGGACCAAUCAAUGCUGCCACUGUCAUUAACUAUGAAGAGGAAUACAAAAUAUCAAAUUUUGAGCAGAGAUUAAUGAGUGAGAUUGAGUUUCGUUUGGAGCGGACCCCGGUGGAGGAGUCGGAUGAUGAAGUGCAGCACGAGGACGUCCCGACAGGAAAGUGCAUCGCCCCCAUUUUUGACAAAAAACUCAAAAACUUCAGAGCCAUGGAGGGGGUGCCUGUUACCUUCUCUUGUAAACUAGUGGGGGUCCCUGUCCCAAAGGUUUACUGGUUUAAAGAUGGCAAACAGAUUCUAAGGAAAAACACCCACUACAGGAAGAUAAGGGAGGGAGAUGGGACAUGUGCUCUACACAUCGAGUCUGUGACAAGCGAUGAUGAUGGAAACUACACUGUUAUGGCAGCAAAUCCACAGGGUCGGAUCAGCUGCUCAGGUCAUUUGAUUGUCCAAACUGGAUCAGCUCGCAACAGACAGACUCCAAUUAGUGCACAGAGGGUUCGUUCUCGUAUUCAGGAGGUGGAGACGGAACAAACUCAGGAGCGCUUCUUUCGGCCUCACUUCUUACAGGCUCCAGGCGAUAUGAUGGCUCAUGAGGGCAAGCUCUGCAGACUGGACUGUAAAGUGAGUGGUCUACCUAACCCUGAGCUUAUGUGGUUGGUGAAUGGAAGGCCCAUUUACCCAGAUCUGUACCAUAAGAUGCUCGUGCGAGAAAACGGCGUGCACUCACUGGUAAUUGACCCUUUGACACAAAAAGAUGCUGGGACGUACACCUGCAUUGCCAGCAACAAAGCCGGACAAAGCUCCUUCAAUCUGGAGCUAAGUGUAGUGGAAAAAGAAAUGAAGCAUCCUCCUCAGUUUGUUGAGAAGCUACAGAACAUGGGGAUCCCCGAAGGAACACCGGUCCGACUCGAGUGUCGCGUAGUUGGAAUGCCUUCUCCUGUCAUUUUCUGGAAGAAAGACAACGAAACCAUUCCCAGAACUAGAGACAGGAUAAGUAUGCACCAGGAUGUGACAGGGUACGUGUGUCUCCUUAUUCAGCCCACAACUAAAGAGGAUGCUGGCUGGUACACUGUGUCAGCAAAGAAUGAGGCUGGGAUUGUGUCUUGCACCUGUCGGCUCGAUAUCUAUGCUCAGUGGCAUCAGAGUGUCCCGGCUCCCAUGAAGAAGACACAGCGAACAGGAAGUCGGUACGCUGCGUUAACAGGACAGGGACUGGACAUAAAAUCAGCUUUCUGUGCGCCUGACACCAGUCCCUACCUGUUUGCCAGCUCCCCUCCGGAAGCCACCCUGGAGAGCGACGAGCUGUGAGAGAAAAAACUGUCACUAAACAAACCAAAAACUGCCAGUAACUUCACUUCUUUCUUCUCUCUGUUCGGACACUUAACCCCUCAGCCUAAUACAAACUUCUUCCAACUCUGUGGUAGAUUUGCACUUUUCCGCUUCAUAUAAAAAGGUGGUUAAACAGCACUUUUGUUCUAUAAUUUUACUACCUAAUUUUGCUUUCUGUAAUCACCCAGUACUAACCCACAUCACUGACAUAAACACUGAUAGCCUUGACGUAACAUCUUUUAAGUUUUCUACAGCCACUAAAAAAUUUCUUUGAUUUCUCUGUAAGUUUUGGCCUUUUUGAUUACAAAAUAUUAUUGCACAUUAUUGUGACCUCAACAAUAUGAACCAGAGCUAGGGUUGUCACUCACAAUACUAAAAAUUUCUAAAUCUAUUUUAAUAUAAAAGACAAGGCUUGAUACUCAAUAACAAUUUUUACGUAAUUUUCAUGUUUCAAUUAUCAUCUUAUAAUACUUCUGAUAUAGAUCAAGACUAUAUAAACUAUUCAUGAAAGGACAAAAUCUGCCCUAUUUAAGUGUUGUUUUUUUAAAGUAUUGAUAUUAGUUUUUGUAUCAACUAGUAUUGUUUUUAGGUAUUGAUUUUUGGACAAUACCACUAAAGACUAAAUAUAAAGAGAAUAUACAAGACAUCAUUAUUGCUCAAGAGAUGAAAAUGAUUGCAACUCAUUGUGCUUGAUGCUAGACUCAACUCAAUAAUCCCAGGUUAGUCACCAUUCCACUUUAACUCACAUGUACAGAAACACAACAAGUGACAGAUUUAAAAGUCUUAGCUCAUGAGCCAUCAGAGGAAGCUUUUAUUUUAAUUAUGUUGCAAUUUUGUAUAUUAUAUUAAAUUUAGAUUAAUGUAGUCUAAGUUUGUGUUUGUAAUAAUAAUUAAUCUAUAACAAUGAUGGAAAUGUCUAAAUAAAAAUAUAAAUUAUAGUUUAAUGUUUAUAGAAAGCUUACGUUUACAAGAUAUAUCAAUUUCAAUGAAGGAGAUCACAUUUUUGUAUGCAUGGCAAACUGCUGAUAAACAAAAUAUUUCAUGGCUUACUGUUUGUUUCUAUUAAAUUCACAUCUGAAGAAUUUCCCCUGAACUAGAUUUAGUUUGGGAUUUAUUAGUCAGUUUUUGACUAAAAUAUUUAUAUUUUCCAGAGGUUUUCUUUUAGGCUUUGAAUAAGUCCUUGAGCAGUGUGGAUGUAGUUUGAAAGCACAUAUGUAAAGUUGCACAUGUAAAAUAGAUGCUGUUCUCAUAAUAAAGUUUUAUUUAUUAAAAUGUUUAAA